AUGAGUUCUACCACACCAACCUCCUCUCGCCGACCCACUGUGCAGAUGACACACGAGGCGAUUACCAACCCUUGUGACACAGCCAAUUUUAUUGACAACGAACUCGUCGCUUCCAAAGCCGUCGAAUGGUUUUCAGUGCUUGAUCCUGCCACAAACAAUCUUGUCACACGGGUGCCGCAGAGCACAGAUGAGGAACUACGCGCUGCAGUUGCUUCAGCCCAGAGUGCCUUCCCAGUAUGGCGGGCAACAAGCAUCAUGGCAAGACAGCAGAUCCUUUUCAAUUUUGUAAGCCUGAUUCGUGCCAAUUGGGAUCGCCUUGCUGCAUCCAUUACCUUAGAGCAAGGCAAAACUUUCAAAGACGCUAGAGGCGACGUUCUCCGUGGUUUGCAAGUGGCUGAGACGGCGUGUGGAAUUACCACCCAGCUCACGGGUGAUGUUCUCGAAGUUGCCAGAGAUAUGGAAACGCGAAGUUACCGGGAACCGCUGGGACUUGUAGCAGCCAUCUGUCCAUUCAACUUCCCCGCCAUGAUCCCCCUGUGGUGUAUCCCUAUCGCAACCGUGACAGGCAAUUGCCUCAUCUUAAAGCCUUCUGAACGCGACCCUGGCGCUGCCAUGAUCUUAGCAGAGCUUGCUAGAGAGGCGGGAUUCCCUAAGGGGGUGCUAAAUGUCGUUCAUGGCGCCGCUGCAACGGUCAACUUCAUUUUGGAUGAGCCAGCAAUCCGGGCAAUCAGCUUCGUCGGUAGUAACCGCGCCGGAGAAUACAUUUACUCUCGGGGUUCAGCAAACGGUAAGCGUGUUCAAGCGAACCUGGGCGCUAAGAACCAUGCUGUCCUUCUCCCAGAUGCUGAUAAGGAUUUGUCUUUAAACGCGAUUGCUGGUGCAGCGUUUGGAGCAGCUGGUCAGCGGUGUAUGGCUCUCAGUGUGCUUGUCACAGUCGGAGAGACUGCAUCUUGGAUACCAGAGCUUAUCGAGAAGGCUCGUAGUUUGGUUGUAUCCGCCGGUUUCGAAGAGAACUCGGAUGUGGGCCCGGUCAUCAGCCCCGAGAGCAAGGCAAGAAUCGAGUCUCUGAUCGCAAGCGCAUCGAAGCAAGGUGCAACGAUCUCUUUAGAUGGAAGGGCACACGUUCCCGAGAAAUAUCCAGAUGGAAAUUUUGUUGCGCCCACAGUGAUUACGAAUGUCAACACGAAGAUGACGUGCUACAAAGAAGAGAUUUUUGGACCGGUACUAGUUUGCCUGUCCGUCGAAACGCUCGAUGAAGCUGUUAGGCUCCUGAAUGACAAUGAGUACGGGAAUGGAGCUGCUAUCUUCACGCGGUCAGGCUCGGCGGCCUCUUGGUUCCAAAAGAAUGUUGAGUCGGGCCAGGUGGGUAUCAAUGUUCCCAUCCCAGUCCCGCUUCCCAUGUUCUCUUUCACAGGGAAUAAGAAGAGUAUUGCUGGUGGAGGCGCAAACACAUUCUAUGGAAAGCCUGGAUUGGCCUUCUAUACCCAGCAGAAGACCGUUACGAGCCUGUGGCGCAAGGACAAUAUUGACUCUGGUAAACAAGUCGUGAUGCCUUCCCACUUGUGA